AUGGACCAUAUAAGAGAGGAUUACAGUUCUAGUGACAGUGAAAGUGAUAUAGAAACAGUCCCGGAGUUGCCAGACGCUAUAUUGGACAAGUACCAUUUGACGCCGAGUGUGAACAUGAACAGAGCUGCUACAGGAUUUAAUUCGUUUGUGUACUUAGAAUGGAGGCCUAGCAAGUUGCAGAGGAUACACUUGACGCGUGUUCUGGUGAAUUUCCAAGCGCAAUGCAGUGGUAGUGGUAUUGAGGUUUUGAAGCGGCUCAAACUUGAGCCGCUUCAUGUAAGUGCGCUGGGAUCGCCUGAACCGUUGCACGUAUCGCUAACGAGGAGCUUGGAGUUUAGCGACGCCAUGCAGAGGGACCGGUUUCAACAGUCUUUGUCAACACGUCUCGCAGCGUCUCAGUUGAGUCCCAUAGACAUCGCAUUUGAGCCAAGAUUCCAGGUGCUGGACUCUCGUUUCAAGGAUAGAGUGUUUUUAACAUUACCAGUACUUUCGUCACAACGCUCUCAUUGGUUUAAAUUUGUGUACCAGGUGAUAUGGCAAUCACUUCGAGAAGUGUGGCCCAAUCUUAAUGACAAAGAGAUCGAUGAGAUGUUGUGUCCUGCAGAAUCGGUACAUAUGUCAAUCGCGCAGACGCAUGGAACAAGAGCAAAAGAAUUGGCAGUGUGGAUUCAACCGUUAGAGCCACUGCAGCCAUUACCAACUUGGAAUGUUACCCAUUUGAAAUUAGAUAAGAAUCGGGAAUGUAUAAAGAUUCCUCUUGUCACGUGA